AUGGUCUUCACCCCUAUUCUUCUCAGGAUCUCCAGCGCCCCUACCAAGGCUCGGACCGUGUGCCGUACCUCGGCACCCGAGGCUCCUGUGCAGACCAAUGGCGCUGCCGCAGAUGGCAGUGGACAGCUGCCCAUUGCAUACUCUCCAGAAUGGUUGGCUCUCAGGGAGCACACCAAGGAGGUGGACUCACUGCACCUGCGGGACCUGCUCAUGGAUGAGGAGCGCGCCGAGCACUUCUCCCGCGAGCACAAUGGCAUCUACAUGGACUUUAGUCGCCAGACGAUGACCGAGACGACGCUGAGGCUGCUCCUGAACCUGGCGGAGCGGGCGGGCCUGAAGGGGAAGAUUGCCGACAUGUUUGCGGGCAAGCACAUCAACCAUACCGAGGACAGAGCCGUGCUGCACACCGCCCUCCGCGCCUCGCGCGAUGAGCAAGUGUUUACGGAUGGCAAGGACGUCGUGCCAGACGUUCAUGCUGUGUUGGACAGGAUCAAGGACUUUUCAGAACGCGUGAGGAGUGGGGAGUGGCGGGGCGCCACCGGCAAGAAGCUGAAGGACGUGGUGGCCGUCGGCAUCGGCGGCAGCUACCUGGGACCGGCCUUCGUCCACACCGCGCUCUCCUUCGACCACAAGAGCCAGGAGGAGGCUGAGGGCAGGAAGCUGCGCUUCCUGGCGAACGUGGAUCCCGUGGACGUCGCCAAGGCACUGCACGGGCUGCGGGCCGAGACCACGCUGGUCAUCGUGGUGUCCAAGACCUUCACCACCACGGAGACCAUGCUCAACGCGCGCACCGUCAGGACAUGGCUGAAGGCCGAACUUGGACCGGAGGCAGUGUCCAAACAUAUGGUCGCGGUCUCCACCAACCUCAAGCUGGUGAAGGAGUUUGGCAUCGACACCGAGAACGCAUUUGGGUUCUGGGACUGGGUGGGCGGCCGCUACUCGGUGACGUCUGCGGUGGGCGUCCUGCCCCUGGCACUGCAGUAUGGAUACGAGAAAGUGGAGGAGUUCCUGGCGGGGGCUCGGGAUGUCGACCAGCACUUCAGGACGGCGCCCUUUGCAUCCAACCUGCCGGUCCUCCUGGGCCUGCUCAGCAUCUGGAACUCCACCUUCAUGAAGAGGUCCUCCAUCGCGAUCCUGCCCUACUGCCAGGCCCUCGCCAAGUUCCCGGCCCACAUUCAGCAGGUGUCCAUGGAGUCCCUCGGCAAGCAGGUGUCUAUGGAAGGGGACGCCCUGCCGUUCAAGGCGGGCGAGGUCAUCUUUGGCGAGCCUGGCACUAACGGGCAGCAUUCCUUUUACCAGCUCAUCCACCAGGGCCGUGUCGUGCCCGCCGAGUUCAUCGGCGUGGUGAAGAGCCAGCAGAGCGUGUAUCUCAAGGGAGAGCUGGUGAGCAACCACGACGAGCUCAUGUGCAACUUCUUCGCCCAAGCCGAUGCGCUGGCCAUGGGCAAGGAAUCAGUGGCGCUGCGGGCCGAGGGCCUUCCCCAGUCCAUCAUCCCCCACAAAACGUUCAGCGGGAACCGCCCCUCCACCUCCCUCCUGCUGCCCGACAUGACACCCUUCACCGUGGGCCAGCUGCUGAGCCUCUACGAAAACCGGGUGGCUGUCCAGGGCUUCAUCUGGGACAUCAAUGCCUUUGACCAGUGGGGCGUCGAGCUCGGCAAGGUCCUGGCCUCCAAGGUGAGGACGAAGAUGCACGAGGCUCGCACCAAGCUGCGCAAGAUCCUGAAGGAGGACGGCUUCAACCCCUCCUCACGCAAGAUGAUCAACAGGUAUCUGGAGGGCAAGGCCCAGCUGCUGUACCCUGAGCCGAGGGAUGUGUUCCCCUGCGAACUCAUCCACAGCGAGGCGUGCGUGGCGCCCUGGGACAAGCAUGAAAGUGAGGCUGAGGAUUGA